AUGAAUACUCACCCCAUAGAUGGAGUCAGGUUAGCAGAUAUGCCAGAUCAACAGAGUAUUCGCUUGAGUCACGAGGUGGAACGCCUCGUUACCGCCCCUUAUGCACCUUCAUUUCAGGACCUAUAUAGCUUGACUCAAUCAACAACGUCACAAAGCAUUCGAUUGUGGGCCUCUCACAAGCCCUGUCAAAUCGGGGCUCUAGUUGACGUGCUCGUGGAUGGUCUAUCGCGCUCUCGUUUCGCGUUGCCUCUACUUGAGACAUUCGUUUCAGCACCCGCUGUUCGGGAUGCUUUGCUGGAGCGACAUCCAUGUCUUCUCGAUCAGUUCCUUCAAGGUGCUGUCGGCAAUGACAAGGCAGAGUAUGCUUUGGUGUGCACCGCCAUCCUAUCGUCUCCUCUACCGCCUGAGUUCAUGAUCCCCGCACGCUUGACACAGUUUAUGGAAAAGAUGAUACGUACGAUGGGAGAAGAUCCCCGUGCAGAAAACAUCCUUCCUCUGAACCAAAUCUCUAAUGGCAUCAAAAGAUCCCCUCGGCUCCUCGAAGAAAUCCCGUCGGAGGUGAUGGCUAGCCUUCAGGUAGAGCUCACGAAAACGCUGCGUAACCUGAGUGACCACAUGGGCAACCUUCUCUGUCUAGCAACUUUUGCACGCAUGGCUUCCUUAGAAGAUCCGGGGACCGAGAAAGGCUGUGUGCGGUUUGUUCCGUCAUGGUUGCAAAGCGUCAACCAUUUCUUUGGCCCCAAGCGGGGUCUCAAAACUUUGGACCUCGUCGUCCUGCGCGUCAUUCUCGCUUGCUCUGAUAGCUGCAGUGACUUAACGGUAGACAAAGCAGCCGAGAGUAUUCGUUUGGCCAUCGAGAUAUGUGAUAGAGUUGAGCCAGAACAGAGAGAAAGCUGGGUCAAGGCAAACGGCUCAAAGAUUGCCAAGCUACGGGAGAAGAUCACCAGGAGUGGUAUUGAUUCUGGAGUGCAGAUGCUAGGUGCGACAUUUUUGGCAUCGCUGCUUCCAGUUGCCGCAUUAUCAACCGAUAUAGCCCGAGUUGCUGUCGAUGGGCUUAUAAGUCGAGACAGCAAGUUCGUGCUAGGUGUGCUGACAUCAGAGUAUAUACCACGCCUUGUAGGGGCAAGUGUGGCGUGUUUAGGCGUGACCGCGAUACGCAGUCUGCUUGAAUAUAUUGUGUCUUCUUUAGAUACUACCAGCUCGCCGAGCCUGACUCAUAUUCUGGUGGCCAAGUCGUUGGUCACGGGGCUGCAUUCGGCAUCGCUGAACUCCGCUAUCUUUGCGGAACCUCUUGAACAAUGUCAGCAAGUCCUGUGGAAAAUAAUUGAAAGCUUCCCGAGAAAUCACGCUUUAUCAUCAUGCCACGGCUCUCAAGAAUGCGGAGCUGCACGUUCACAACUGGAAAAUGAACUAAUAUAUGGCUUUUUAUCCUUCUACCUUCACGCACUGCUAUCACAGACCACAACUCAGGACACGAUAGCUGGUAAUGCCACCCUGCAGAUGUUUCUGGCUCAAAACAAGCAGCUACUACACGGCCAAAAAUGCUCGUUCUCAGAAGCAGAAUCAUCUCGUGCCGCCAAAACCUAUACGACACUCAACGUCCGUGAGGGUGUUUCCGCGCCUAGUUCGCGGUCUGACUGGAGGAGCUCUAUGUCAGAAACACUCAUGCUUAAUGCGCGCGUGUCGAACGACAGCCUUAUGCGUAAGAUGGAGGAGGUGUGCUAUGAUCUCGAACAACGAUGUGAUGAUGUCGAAGCCCCACUGCGGGCGAUGGAGCAAGAGCGGAACGCGAUUUCAGCCGAGGCGCAGCAGCUAAGGGAACAAAAUGGCGCAUUGGAGCUGCAAGUUCAACAAGCAUCCGAUACAAUGGGCGGGCUUCGGCUGGAGAUUUCUCGCUUAGAGACCCAUGCGGAAGCUGCAUCCAUCCGUGCUGAAGAAUUGUCGGCAACUCUCGACGCAGCUCGGAGAGAUCUUGAAGACCAGAGGCGCGAGUUUCAAGACAAUAUGGCAAGCGAGGUAGAAAAGGCCCGAACUAGGGAGUUGGACUUGGUCGCAUCUAUAACUGAAAGAGAUGAUCAGCUGGAAUCGUUGCACGAUGAGAUGAUAGCCCAAAGGGCCGAGAACACGAACCUGCAAAACGCUCUAGAUGAAGCCUCGAAAGAGAAAUCCUCCCUAAUCAAAACUAAUGACUCCCUCAACCAGAAUUUGGCGGGACUUGAAGAGAAGCUCCGACAAAGCGAACUGCUUCUAGUUCAAAAGGAUGAAUACAAAGAGCAGAUUCUAUCCGAGAAGGCAGACACUGAGAGAGGAAUGGAAGCCCUUCGCAUCCAGGUAGGAUUACUAAUAUUCCAAUGGCAGGAAUUGAGACAUGCUAAUGGGUUUAUGCAGCUUGAGGAAGAGAGGAUGAAAUCCCGCCAGUUGGCGUCCACGCUCGAGAAAACCGAAAGGGGCCUUCAAGUAGAACAAGAAACUGUCCGAGAUUAUGAGGCGCAACUUUCGGCGGCAAGUACGAAGUACGAGACCCAAAAGGAAGAAAUAUUCUCGCUGCGUAUGGCCAUGCAGGCAGCCGCAUCCGACGCCACAAAGGAGCUGCAAGCGAAGGAUAAGCGGAUACACCACCUGGAGAAGAAGGUACAACAACUACGAAAUGAGCGAGCCGCAAAAGCCCGGGAAUUUUCUGAGGCCCAGCAACAUAUCGGACGCCUUAUGAAUGUUAUGGGGAUCCGAGUUGAUACCGACGGGACGAGACCCCCGAGCAAACAGACGAGGAAGUCUAGUGCAAGGCCCUCCACAACAACCAUGACACAGCAAACGCAACCGGCGGAGCUCCAAACACAACCGGAGAACUCACAGGUGGAACCGUUUGAAAAUAACCUGCCGUCUCCUCCUUGCCGGAGCCCGAAAAGGACUAUGGAUAAUGCAUUUCCUCCGGCUGAUCCAUCAUCGCAGCAAAUAAGGGGAGGCAGAAAGUCUAGGAAUGUAACACCCCAGCACAGGCGAACACCUCUCGAAGAUGCCGACCUAAAUAGCCAGCCGUGCGCACAGCGAAGCCCCGCGUCACAACGCAGCGAAUGUGGCACUUCCGACCAAGUUCGGACUCGCGCCAGCUUGGAAGAGAACCAACUUCAGCACAUAGACCUGGACAUGGAUCUGGAGUUUUCGAAGGAUUUCCUCUUCACAAGCACGUCCUUGUCCACGGCCAAUGAUCCGACACAGCAGUAG